AUGGCUCUGACUUGUCGCUUUCCAGUUCUGCUAAUGCUGUGCCAAAUGUUCUCCGGACUAAUCGCACAGCAGUGCAGUCGUCAAGUUUCCGUGUAUGGAAUGAUGCUUCAACGACACAUCUUCAAGAUAGUCGAGACCUCUAAAACACUUGAGUGUCUUAAGGCCUGUAACGACGAGAAAAGAUGUCAAAGCUUCAACUUCGUCGUUUCCAAGAAUAUCUGUGAGAUGAAUAACCGCACCAAGGAAGCCAGACCUGAAGACUUCGUCCCUGACUCUGAUCGGUAUUAUUUUGAAAGAGUUAGAAACAGAGUUCCACUGGGAUCCAUUCCCGAGCUUCCUGCUGAAUCGUGUAAAGAAAUUAAGGCCAGUGAAGGAGAACAAGCGGUCAGCGGCAACUACAGGUUUAAAUCAAAUCUACUUAAAUAUGCCGUUUUGGUUCACUGCGAUAUGAAAACGGAAGAUAUUGACGAGUGCAUUCAUGGAAUCCAUGACUGUCUCAACGAAUCGGCAAACUGUUUUAAUACGGUUGGAUCGUACAACUGUGUUUGUAAAGAUGGUUACCAAGGCGACGGAAAAACCAUUUGCACGCCAGAGGAAUGUAUAAGCUACUCACUUCUGACCAGUGGAACAAGGAAAACCACCUACGGCACACCCCAGGGAAGAGAAUCUUGCGACAACAACCUCAAUGCGGGCUGGUUUCGUUUCCAAGGAGAUGCAGGAACGAAGAUGCCAACCAAAUGUGUACCUUACAAAAAAUGUGGCACUGACUCUACGGGUUGGCUAGACGGUUAUCAUCCAACAGUAGCUGAUGGAAAGGUCAGCAAGACGGUUUGCUUUCGGGAUCGUACAGACUGUUGUAAACAUCCAGUUUAUAUUAAAGUAAGAAACUGUGGAUCUUUCUAUGUUUACCAACUAACGCCACGAACAUCCUGCAACCAACGCACUGACUGA